GUUGUGCAGCUAAUGUAAAUCAACACGAAAAGUCGAAAGAAAAUGGUGAGAGGAAACGCAAAAGAGAGCAGGAAAAGAAAGAUAAGGGAGAGAAGAAAGACACAGAAAAGAAAGGAAAACAAGAAGAAAAAGAAACGAGAAAAGAAAGAAAAGCAAAGCCAAGCAAGAAAAGGGAAGAAAGAAAAGGAAAAACAAGAAAAAAGAAACAAGAAAAAAAAGCGAAGAAAGAAAAGGAGAAACAAGAAAAGAAACAGGUGUACGCAUUUGCCUUUACAGGACGAAUAUCUUAUGCCAAUCUUCACUUGAAUAACGUUGAAGGAGCAUUUUUCGUUUGA